GUGGGGGAGGAAGAGUGGACGAGACUCCCCUGACUCCAGCGCCCUUAACCUUCCUGGCUGCGAGGAGGCGGGACCUGGGGGAGCCGCGCAUGCGCAAAGGAAGGUUCGCCUUCAGCCCGGAACUGUUGUUUCGGACUCGGCGGAGCACCGGGACCCAGGAGCGUGCUCGGCCGGAAGUGGCCGCUGAGGACUUGGGACCAGAAUUGGCGUGCGGGGCCUGCCGCGGCGGUUAACAAGUAAUAGAGAAUCAGGAUGGAGACCGUGGCGACCACGGCGGCGGCGAGGGAACCCGAUGAAGGCUGCACAGAGCCCAGUACUGGGCACUGGGGGGAGCUGAGCUGGACGCCUGUCCCACCCAGACCCCAGGACAAGGUGAAAGCAGCAGAGGGAGCACCAGAGGCCCCGAAUGGUGGCCCCCCUGGGGUUGAGGAUGCGGCGGUGAGUGCCAUGCUGCGUGCCGUGGCCGCCAGCCGCCUGCCCGUGUGCAGCCAGCAGCAGGGCGAGCCUGACCUGACCGAGCAGGAGAAGGUGGCCAUCCUGGGCCAGCUGUACCAUGAGAAGCCGCUGGUGUUCCUGGAGCGCUUCCGCACGAGCCUCCGUGAGGAGCACCUGGCCUGCUUUGGCCACUUGCGCGGUGACCAUCGGGCAGACUUCUACUGUGCCGAGGUGGCCCGGCAGGGCAGCGCCCGACCCCGCACCCUGCGCACCCGCCUACGUAACCGGCGCUACGCUGCCCUGCGUGAGCUCAUCCAAGGUGGCGAGUACUUCAGUGACGAGCAGAUGCGGUUCCGGGCCCCGCUGCUGUACGAGCAGUACAUUGGGCAGUACCUAACCCAGGAGGAGCUCAGCGCCCGCGCCCCAGCCCACCGGCUGCCUGAGCCCGGCGCCCCCGGCACCGCCUGCCCGCUCUCUGACCUGCUGCUCCAGUCCUGCCAGGAGCGGGAGCUGCAGCAACGGCUGCUCCGACAGCAGGAGGAGGAGGAGGCCUGCCUGGAGGAGGAGGAGGAGGAGGAGGAGGACAGCGAUGAGGAAGACCAGAGCCCCGGCAAAGACUCCGAGGCCUGGGUCCCUGACUCGGAAGAGAGGCUGAUCCUGCGGGAAGAGUUCACCAGCCGGAUGCACCAGCACUUCCUGGACGGCAAGGACGGGGACUUUGACUACAGCACUGUGGAUGACAACCCCGACUUUGACAACCUAGACAUUGUGGCGCGGGAUGAGGAGGAGAGGUACUUCGACGCGGAGGAGCCCGAGGAGGCACCCAGCCCAGAGCUGGAUGGGGACUGACGGCCGCGCCGCCCACCCUGCCCGUGACUUCCUCUAGGGGACAGCAGGGCAGCCGCCCCACACCCCCGGCCUCGCUGGCUCUGGUGCCGUCCCGGCCCAGCCCCUGCCCCCUCUGUGUGCAGGGCUCCCUGCCUUCCCCCACUCUCCUUCCCUGAUCCAGGUCUGUCUCGCUGUCUCUCUCACUCGCUUUUUCUCCAUCCCUUUCCUCUUUCUACACGUCACUGUCUUUUUCCUCUCUGGCCUUCUCUCUCUCCCCUCUGUGUGCCUUGGCCUCUGUUCCCACGACCGGGCUCGGGCUGAACAUCCUCCCCCUGAUGGAAGCCAGCGGGGCUCUUUGUAGCUGGAGCCGGCCAGGUCAGUGCCGGAGCGCAGCGCGGCGUCGUGAGCCCCCGGGCCCCGCCUGCUUGUCCAGCUCUGUACUGGUGGGCUCUUGCCUCCUUCAACUUCACCCUGGGCCUCUGGUGCUUCCUGCCCACACACCCCCAUCUAUCAGCCUCCAUGCCGCCUGCCUCGGCCCUCUGCCUCUCAGCCUCUCUCUGGUUUCAGUGUCAUCUCCCCCCAAACCCCAGCCUGGCUGCUGAGGAAGGAGCCUCACCAGGGAGGCUACCAGCUCCCACCUCUCCUUCAGGACCCAGGCUUGGGAGGGGGGUGUGGGGCAGCACUGGGGCCAUGGGCCUGAGAGCUUGGGUGUGGAGGGAGGGGCGUGGGGAGGGGGGCUCUCUCCUUCAGCCCCACCGGCCAGCCCCUCUCUGCCUGGCCACAAUUUUCCCUUCCUUCACUUCCUCCACCUCCUUCUCCCUCUCCUGUUUACACUCCCCAAAUACGCACAGGCUGUUAUCAUGGGUCCUGAGUCAUCCCACACACACAGCCUGCCCCAGCAUCCCUGCCCCCAGCUGGCCGCAGGGCCCGCCCCACAGAGCCCCCCGCCGCCCUGGGCUAAUGGGAGCCAGAUGGCCUCUUGGUGACUCAGCCACUUGGCCUGUGGGAACCCAGGCGUCCUGCCUUCCCAUGCCCCCAUACCCGGUUCAUGCUCCCUCAGUAGACACACACACACACACACAGAAGGGGUCAGCUGUUGGCAGGGGGUGCAGGCCACACAGGCCAGAGAGAUAGGGCCUGGGGACCCUUCACUCCUGUGAGCCAGCAUGGUGACACCCUGCCAUGGCCAGGCCUGAAGACACUUGAAACCACCUCAGGCAUAUGGCCCGGAGAAAGGGGGAGACCCCCAAGGCCUCCCGGGACCACAGCCCUUGACCCCUGGGCCUCAGCUCUGCCCUCUGGGUCAGCCAGAACUAGAGCCAGACACAGAAAGUGAGAGCUGGCCUAGAGGCCGAGGGACAUUCACACAGAGAGACCAUUAAACGAGGAAACUUCCGGUCACUGAGCAGUUCUGUCCUAUUCCAGGCCGGAUGGGCCUGAUGCCCCAUGGAAUUCUCCAAACAACCCCGUGAACUAGGGACUCCGCUCCGUUUCAUAAGUGAGGGGAGGGGGCCAGAAGGGGAAUGUUACUUGCUCGAGGCCUCACGGCCACUGACGAAAAGCAAGGUCUAGAACUUCACAGGUCCUAGAGACCAUUCUAGCCUGUGUGUUAGCUGUCAGGGCCACUGGGAGCAGACAGACGCACGGACUUGCUCAGAAAGGUCACGAAGAGACAGCUGUCGAGGGUGAUACCAGCAGCUAACGCUUUGGGGCCCUCCCCACGUGCUCGGCACCAUGCUGCACACGGGCUUGGAAUCAUCUCGAUGGUGUGUAAGUCAGCACCUGGACCAGAACCAUCACGGCGGUCCUACUCCUCACGUCCUGCCAGUAGCAAUGCACUGGCUCCCAGAGAAGACCCCCGAUCGGCCGGCCAGACUCGCCCUUGGAGAGCCUGAAAGCCAGAGGAUGGAAGACGUUUGUCCCUCGGGUACACGUGUGUGUGUGUGUGUGCGCGCACGCGUGCGCGUGUGCGUGUGCGCCCACAGUCAGAGGACUUCUCUAAGCCAGGGAGCAGCCCCGAGUGAGGUGUGCAGUUUUCAUCAGUCUGUCAUUUGAUCCUUAAUGCUGUUUGUGAUAUACUUUGCCAUACAUAGAUUUGUUACAUAAUAAAAAGUGAUGAGAGACCACA